ACAACCCAAAAUUAGACACGGGGAUGUCAAGACUGCCAAUUUACUACUAAGCAACAACUAUAGUUUAUUAAAGAUUUGUGAUUUUAGUGAUAUUAAAGCAUCAGCAACGAAUUACAGAGUAACUGGCACGCCAGCAUAUAAAGAUUAUGAAAGCUUUAAGACUAGUUUUUCUAACAACAACUGCGAUGUUUACAGCUUUGGUAUUGUGCUUUGGGAGGUGAUGGCUCAAAAAAUACCAUUUGAAAACUGGACAGAGAAUGAUAUAGAGGUCGCACUUUAUAAUAAAAAGCGUCCAGAUAUUAAUGCAGUCAAGAACUCUGAAAUAUCUGAGCAAAUAAAACAAAUGAUAGAGCUCUGUUGGCUUGAGGAGCGUAAAGAACGGCCCUCGAUUAAAUCAUUGGAGGAUAAGCUUCACACUUACUUACCCAUUCAUCUGAAAGGCAUGUGUUCCAUUGUGGAUUCAAGCCAUAUUAAGUUGGAGACAAUACUCGGACAGGGAUCAUUUGGAGAAGUCUUUAAAGCGAUUUGGAUAGGCGAGACUGUGGCUGUCAAACGAAUUAGUUAUGACGACGAGAAAUGUAAACAGGACGUAGAUAAGGAAGUUCGAAUCUUAUCAAAUGUUAGCCAUGACAAUAUUAUAAAAUUAUGUGGCAUUAGCCAUGACACUAGCUCACUUCGGAAAAGAAUGCUUUUAAUAAUGGAAUACGCUGAAAAUGGUUCAUUAGAGGCUUAUAUUCAUACUAGUGGCCUGGCGCUAGAAUAUGAAAAUUUACUCAAUUUAAUGCGCCAGUGCAUAAAGGGCUUAGCUUACUUACAUGGAAGGGAACCAAAAAUUAUGCACCGGGAUGUCAAGACUGCGAAUAUGGUACUCACCAGCAACUAUCGUAAAUUAAAGAUCUGUGAUUUCGGCUUGGUUAAGUCAGUAGCUACAAAAAAUACUGAACAUAUUGGCUCCAUACCAUAUAGGGCACCAGAAAUUUAUAAUACCAAUAAAUACGACGAAAAGUGCGAUGUCUACAGCUUUGGUAUUGUGCUCUGGGAAGUGAUGUCUCAGAGAAAGCCUUUCGAAAACUGCGAAAUAGCGAAUAUAAUGUUCCAAGUUCUUCUAGAGAAAAAGCGACCAGAUAUUGAUGCAAUCUAUGUCAAUCAUGACAUGUGCAAUCUUAAAACACUAACAACAAUGUGUGAUAUUAAAACAAUAAUAACGGGAUGUUGGCAGCACGACCCUACGGCACGUCCCUCGAUGAAAGACCUGAAACUCUAGUCCUUAAUCCUUUAAUUUUUAAGCGCCAGU